CCCGCCAGCAAUUCGUCAUUGCCACCUGCCUCGCCCAAUCCCCAUCACCGCCCGCGCAAACCUUCGCCUGGCUUGGCACAGCGUCUCAAAGCGCUCGGUUUCGGUGGAGCAACAAGAGGGCCGUCGCCUCCUCAACCUUCGUCCGCCCCCUACGACCACAUCGGCCGGCUGCCCGAAGACCAGCUGCGACUACUCGACCAACAACAUCAAGCUAACAGCUCCGCCGGCAUCGCAGUUGAACGGCGCGGCCGCCCGUGGAAAGGUGCCAGCGCACCUUUGGGCCAGCUGCUAAGAAGUAAAUCAAGUCGCAGCAGCCUGAUUCGUCGGAGCGAGCCGGCCGAUGACAACGACGACAAACAAGAGCAGUCGUCGACGACGCCCAAGCCACCCCUGCUACCCGAGAUCUUGGCUGUGCCGCCUUUGGAUAUGGACACGAACAAGUACCGGUUGCCCGACCACACCAACGGAAAUGGCACCAAGGCUCUGGCAGAUACGCGGCGGGGACACCUUGCGAGAGAUCUCUUUGUCCAGGAACAAGAGAGCCAGGUGCCUCCGCCACCAUUACCGAAAGAUACCCCCCCCGGCGGCACUGCUUCCGCCGAAUUCAACCCUGGGGCGACAUCCUACUUUGACCCGCUAGGCCUCCAGCGGCCAGGCUCCAUCUAUACCAUCUCUCGACUCUCCUUUGCCAAUCAGCUCGCCCAGUUGACAUCGCUGCAGCUGCCGGAUGCCGAGUCGCUGUCCAGUAAAGUCUCGGCGAUACCUACAGCACAAUCCGCCGCCAAAGCCCUGAUCAAUGCCGCCGAACAGAUACGAAUGUGGAUUAAUAAGGCUUCCGAGGUCAUUGGAGGUCUCGACAGCGAGGAUGACGUCGAAUGGGCUGCCGCCGGUGGAAGAGAAGGCUAUGAGGAAGUCGAAAACGCCAUCACCAGGUUCGAGGAGCUCAUCAACGUAUACGUUAGCGCCAUCGAAGAGCUGCAGAACCGGAAUGAUAUUGGCUGUGUGUCUGGCGAGGAUCUUCAGAGGGCUGUCACACAGAUGGAGGCCAUCUUGGAAGAAUGGGCCAAGAUCCGAUUUACGUUGAACACCGCCAAGGGUCAAAUCGAGACGGCGAUGGAAUGGGAGGAGUUGUGGAACAUGGUCCUGGGCGAUAUUCAAAACGAGAUGGACGAGCUUAGUCGACUAGUCUUUGAGAUGGAGGAGCGCCGGCACAAGUCACUCAUGGCGGUGGGAAACGGAGACGGAGUGGAUAUUGGUGAUCUGGAGACUAUUGUCGAGGAAACGCCGCCCGCUGUAGCCCGAAGCAACCGACUCAGCUUAGCAGCCUUUCCCAUGAGUCCUGCUUCUCCUGCCGCGCCUAAUUUAAGUCAAGAUGACUCGAGUUUGCUUGCCCUGUUUGCGCGGAUGCAACCACUUCGGGCUUCACUAGAUUUUCUGCCCAUGAGACUAUCUGUCUUCGAGGCGAGAGCGCAGAAAGCCUUCCCAACCGCAUGCGAGGAGCUUGAGGAGAGAAGAGUAUCACUGGAGGAAGGCUAUAAGAAAUUGGAGAAGGACGCGGAAUCGUUGCGGAAAGAGUUGGGCGAGGACAAGUGGGUCUUGGUAUUUCGCGGGGCGGGACGACAGGCCCAAAAGAUGUACGAAUCCGUGGAGAGGAGCAUAGGGAAGCUGCGGGAGGCAAUAGACACGGGGAUGCAUCUAACCAACCCAGCCGUCGCCAGCAAGAAGAUCGAAAGCUACGAGGCAAAGAAGACGCACUACGGACCAGCGAUUGAGCGAGUCCUCUCCAUAAUCGACAGAGGCGUCAAGGAGCGGCUCACUGUCAAUGGCGAAAUCUUGCGGCUACACGCGGAAAUGCGAUCCAAAUGGGAGGAUAUCAGGAAUCAGAUGCGAGAAUUGGAUGCCACAUUAGAGGAUGUUCACACAGACAGACGGGGGCAGGCGCUCAGAGACUCGAUUUCGAGUCUGCUGUCCAACGACCGGUCUACUGUUGGCAGCGGUGCUGAGACGCCUGGAAGCUCGCCGCCUUCAUCAGUCUAUAUGGCCAGCUUGGGCUUCGAUUCAAUAACCUCAUCGGGAGCUAGGAAGAAUAAGAGCCGAUCUUCGAGUAUGGGCAGCCAGCUUCCAAAACCUGCCUCGACGCGGCGAUGCGGACUAGCACCACCACCGCAGAUUACGAGGAAACCCUUAGGGUCUCGGUUUUCCACCUUUUCGACUUCAUCCAACCGAAUCACGCCGCCUCCUCGGAGUGGCUCGUCGACUCCCAUGGACAACCAACUUCCGCGCGCCACGUCGAGCAUGGCGGACAACAGGCCGCGAUGGAAUGCUUCAGUGAACACAAAAGACUCGGAUUUGGGGCACAAUUUCAAGCCUCUCACCCUCACCACGCCCAGUCCCUAUGCGAAGAGAAGCCCGACGCCCAUCCGCUCCGUCUCGGCGCUUACGCCGACUUCUAGAGAUUCUAAGAUACCCACCCUACGAAGUCCGCUUGGUCGGGCGGGCUCUGCAUCGCCAAUGCCCGUGGACACACCUUCUAGAGCCAGCGCAUCUCGCAUGGCGUUUCGCGAUCGCAUGGGCAUGGGCGCCUCUCCCGCUCCCGCACUCCAAGCGCAGCAAUCGCUCCUGAGGCCGCGACUUGCGACGCAGGCUUCCAUAUCUGCGCUCAGCAAUCGGCGAUCCUCGCUCCAGUCCCCGAGACCGAACCUUCAGCCAGCUGACAGUAGGCAACGGUCAGCAAGUUCGAUGGCUCCGUCCAGACGAAUUAGUCAGCUUCCUCAGCCGAAAGCAGGGAAGAAGGAAAACACCACGGGCCGUGCGAGUCCGCAGGCAGUUGCGGGUGCGCGUUUCGCGAUGCGUAAAAGUACCUCUACCAGUGGCACUGAUAGUAAGCCAAAGGAAAAUAAGCAACGGUGG